AAACCUUCUAGAAAAUAGCAAACAAUUAUCAACAAACGAAAAUACUAGCAGCACACUCGAGUAAAUCCAGACUGCAGAAAAUUAUUGUUUACGAAAAUCAGUUUUUUAAAUUUAUUGUCAAGUGCUACUAACAUCCCUAAUUAUUUAAACUGCGUCGCACUGUAUUGUGUGUUCAUCGGAUUCUUACGUUAAAAUUUCUGUCAUCAGUGUAAUAGGCAACUUGACCACCGGUUGCAUCAUGUUGUCACGAUUGUGCGUGUCACGCUCUACUUUUACGGUCACCCAAACUUUAAAAACCCCUGUACCACAAAAGUUUGUUCCAAGGAAUUAUAUUGUUAGGAACUAUGCUCGCGAACCGAGAUCUCGUCUUGCCACACGCACUCAACCUUCUAUGUGGGAAAGGUUAAUGGCACCAGCUGGACCUAAUGCUUUCAGUUUGGGAAAAGGGGCUUUAGCUGGAGCAUCUGCAGCUGGUCUUGUUGCUCUCUGUUAUUAUGGCGCUGGUGUCAAACCUGGAACUCUACAAGAAGCACAUCUCUGGCCUCAAUAUGUAAAGGACAGAAUCAAGGCCACAUAUGGAUACAUUGCUGGAUCAAUCCUUUUAACAGCUGGUAGUGCUUUCACAGUUUUCAGGACACCAGCCCUAUUAAAUCUUGUUGCACGUAAUGGAUGGAUGUCAAUUAUUGCAACAAUGGCAUUAAUGAUUGGGUCGGGCAUGGUGGUUCGUGGAAUGGAGUAUAAGCCAGGAUUUGGUGGUAAACAACUUGCCUGGAUGGUCCAUACAGGAAUUAUGGGUGCAGUCAUUGCUCCAAUGUGCUUCCUCGGGGGACCAGUGUUGAUGCGAGCAGCUUGGUACACUGCCGGUGUAGUGGGCGGUUUAAGUACGAUUGCGGUGUGCGCGCCCUCUGGGGAAUUCUUGAACAUGAGAGCCCCACUGGCCAUGGGCCUUGGGGCAGUAUUCGCGGCCUCUCUCGCGAGCAUGUUCUUGCCACCCACCACUGCGCUCGGAGCAGGUCUGUACUCUCUUAGUCUCUAUGGUGGAUUAAUCGUGUUUGGAGGUUUCUUGUUGUACGACACUCAGGCGAUCAUAAAGCGAGCUGAAAUGCACCCAAUGUAUGGAUUCCAGCCCUACGACCCGAUCAACUCAGCAAUAUCGGUAUAUUUGGAUAUCCUGAAUAUUUUCAUGCGCAUCGCGAUGAUCAUGUCUGGCGCUGGCGGCAACAAGAAGAAGUAGAAUAUUAUCGUUAAGGCAUUAAACUUCUAUAACUUAUGGUUUGCGUUUUAGAGACAAAAAGAAAUGUGAUAUGUAAAAUAUGCUAAGUUUUAUUUAAGUAGUUUAUGGUUGAUCAUAAAUUAAAGAGUAAUGAAGACAA